UAGUUCUGAGGGUAUAAAAGGAAAGUGGGCACAUGUUCCCACAGCAGGAACUUUCAGAAGACUGCAGACAUGCUCAGGUUUCUUGUGUUGACCACUCUUGCAGCCCUGGUGCUGGCUGAACCCCAGCCUAGGUACCUGGAGGAAGACAGUACUGAAGAGAGAGUUGUGGGGGGUCAGGUGGCCAGUCCCAACUCGUGGCCCUGGCAGAUCUCUCUUCAGUACCUGUCUGGCAGCAGUUACUACCACACAUGCGGAGGAACCCUGAUCAGGAGUGGAUGGGUCAUGACUGCUGCUCACUGCGUGGACAGAUCUAUGACCUGGCGUGUUGUUCUUGGAGAUCACAACAUCAACUCCCAUGAGGGCAGAGAGCAGUACAUGAGCGUGAGCCGUGUCUACGUUCAUCCCAACUGGAACUCCAACAAUGUUGCUGGAGGGUGGGACAUUGCUCUCCUGCGUCUGUCCUCUGAUGCUUCUCUUAAUACCUACGUCCAGCUCGGUGCGCUGCCUCCCUCUGGUCAGGUUCUGCCCCACAACAACCCCUGCUACAUUACUGGAUGGGGCCGCACUCAGACUGGAGGCCAGCUGUCUGCUCAGCUGAAGCAGGCCUCCCUGCCUCUUGUUGACUACAGAACCUGCUCCAGCAGCGGAUGGUGGGGCAGCACUGUCAAGGACUCCAUGGUCUGUGCUGGUGGUGGCAGUGAAUCUGGCUGUCAGGGUGACUCUGGUGGCCCCCUGAACUGCAGUGUCAACGGUAGGUGGGUUGUCCACGGUGUGACCAGCUUCGUGUCUUCCUCUGGCUGCAAUGCUUACAGAAAGCCUACCGUCUUUACCCGUGUCUCCGCUUACAUCAGCUGGAUGAACAGCAUCAUGGGUUGAGAAGAGGGGCAAUCUCCAUGGAAACAAGAGGAUUCAUCUUUAAUGCCAUCAGAAUAAAGAGUCCUUUCAUUUUA